CUUUUGUUCAAUUUGAUAAUGAGUCAUUAUAUGAGGCAUGGGAAAGAUUUAAAGUAUUGCUUAGGCAAUGUCCAAAUCAUGGUUUACCUGUUUGGCUCCAAAUGCAAACUUUUUAUAAUGGUAUGACUCAUCCUAAUCGUUCUAUAAUUGAUGCAGCUGCAGAGGGUAAUCUUAUGAAUAAGACAGAGGAGGAUGGUUAUAAGCUGUUAGAUGAAAUGGCCUCUAAUAGCUAUCAAUGGACUAAUGACAGAGCUACCAAAAAGGGAGUUGGUUUACAUAAUGUUGAUGCUUUUACUUCUUUAUCUGCUCAAAUUUUUGCUUUGAAUAAAAAGUUAGAUAAUUUAGGAGCAUCAGCAAUGAGUAUUUCAUCUAAUAGUUGCUGUGAAUUGUGUGGGCAAUUUGGUCAUGCUAGUGUUGAAUGUCAAGUAGGCAAUUCAGUUCAAUCUUCUAAUGAGCAAGCUAAUUUUGUUUCUUCUGGUGGUAGGUCUAAUUUUAAUCCAUACUCCAACACCUACAAUCCAGGAUGGAGGAGCCAUCCUAAUUUUUCAUGGAGUAAUAAUCAAGUCAGAAUACCAUCAGGUUUUCAGCAACAAAAUAAACAAGAAAAGAAGACAAAUUUGGAGGAGUUGGUGCACAAAUUUGUUAGUAGUACAGAAGCACGGUUUCAAAAUCAAGAAAUAAGGUUUCAAAAUCAAGAUGCUGCUAUUCGGAACAUAGAAACGCAACUUGGACAGAUUGCUGAUAUGGUUUUUGGAAGAGUUCAAGGGGGUUUGCCAAGCAAUAGUGAAAAGAAUCCAAGGGAGCAAUUAAAGGCUAUCACUUUGAGGAGUGGGAAAGAACUUAAAGAGGUAGGACAAUCUAAUGGGAAAGAAGAAGGUGUGGAAGCUGGUGAAUCAAAGCAAGAGGAGGAGCCUAAAAGACUCUUUCAUGAUCCGAAUGUCAAGCCUUAUAAGCCAAAAAUCCCUUUUCCUCAAAGAUUUUUGCAAGCUAAUUUAGACAAGCAGUUUUCUAAAUUUUUAGAGGUGUUUAAAAAGUUACAUAUUAAUAUUCCUCUUAUUGAUGCUAUUUCGCAGAUGCCAAGCUAUGCAAAAUUUUUGAAGGAGAUCCUUGUCAAUAAAAGGAAGUUAGAGGAGUUCGAGAUGGUGAAGUUAAAUGAAGAAUGUUCUGUUAUUCUUCAGAAUAAGUUACCUCCUAAGUUGAAGGAUCCAGGGAGUUUUUCUAUUCCUUGUAUUAUUGGGAAACUUAGUCUUAGAAUACAUGACGAGGAGAUUGUUUUUAAUGUGUUUGAUGCUAUGAAAAAUUGUGAUCAUGAUGGCAGUGCUGUUUUAAGGAUUGAUGUGGUAGACAAUGUAGUGGCUGAAAAUUUUAAUGCUUCUAGAUUAGAUGAUCCUAUUGAUAAUUGCAUUGUUAAUGCUUUGGAUGUGAAAGUUGAUAGUGUAGACAAUAACAUUUUGGAGGCAGCAGCUAUUCUUGGGGAAAAAUGCCAUAGGCAGCCACAAAAAGGAGGGAAUUUUCUACCCUUAGAUGCACCGUCCACUGUGACAGCCAAGUCAUCCAAAGAGGAGCCCCCUACUCUUGAAUUAAAACCUCUUCCUUCUCAAUUAAAGUAUGUUUAUUUGGGUGAUUCAAAUACCUUACCUGUUAUAAUUUCUGCUUCUUUGACAGGAAUAGAGGAGAAGAAACUCUUAAGGGUGUUGCGAGAACACAAAGGAGCUAUAGGAUGGAGCAUAGCGGAUAUCAAAGGAGUUAGCCCUUCGGUUUGCAUGCAUAAAAUUCUGUUGGAGGAGGGGCACAAGUCGAUUGUUCAGCCUCAAAGACGCCUUAAUCCUAACAUGCAAGAGGUGGUCAAAAAGGAGGUAAUCAAAUGGUUGGAUGCAGGUAUUAUUUUUCCUAUUUCUGAUAGUACUUGGGUGAGUCCUGUGCAAAUUGUGCCUAAAAAGGGUGGGACAACUAUGGGUGUGGUGGUUAAAUUUUUGAAGAGUAAUAUUUUCACUAGAUUUGGCACACUUAGGGCUGUUAUUAGUGAUGGAGGUAAACACUUCUGUAAUAGGCAAUUUGAAAAUUUAUUGGCUAAAUAUGGUGUUACCCAUAAAAUUGCUACUCCAUAUCACCCUCAAACAAGUGGACAAGUUGAGGUGUCUAAUAGGGAAUUGAAAAGAAUUUUGGAAAAAACAGUUAACUUGUCUAGGAAAGGUUGGUCACUCAAAUUAGAUGAUGCACUUUGGGCUUAUAGGAUAGCUUACAAAACUCCAAUAGGUAUGUCUCCUUAUAGGUUGGUUUUUGGUAAGGCUUGUCAUUUUCCUGUGGAACUUGAGCAUAAGGCAUAUUGGGCUAUUAAAUACUUGAAUUUUGAUUUGAAAGAUGCAGGUGAACAUAGAAAAUUGCAGUUGAAAGUAUUGGAGGAAUUACGACUUGCUGCCUAUGAGAAUGCCAAGAUCUACAUGUGCACAAGAAAGAGUUUCAUGUGGGUGACAAGGUUCUUCUUUUCAAUUCUCGACUGCGACUCUUUCCAAGUAAGUUGAAAUCCCGAUUCAGUGGUCCUUUUGUGGUGACUAAGGUUUCCCCUUAUGGAGUUGUUGAAAUUUCACAUGAUACUAAGGGAACGUUUAAGUUUGUUCUUUGACAUUUUCUUUUUAUUCAAUUCUUUUAUUCAUUUUCUUUUUUCUAAUUUUGGCUGGGUUAGCUUUUUAUUACCCUUUUUGCAGCAGUUUAGACAACUAUAACAAGAACUUUUGGCUCUAGAGGAACACAUUGCAUGUCUACAACAGGAAGAGCAAGAUAGGGGAGUAUUGUCUUUCUU